GCCGCGCCCCUAGCAGACAGACUCGCGCUUUGGCCGACCUGCGCGACCGGAGCCGACCCCUGGCUUUUUCACGCUGGGGUGAUGGCUGCCCCGGCCCUGGUCACACGGCAGGUCAGCGGCUGCGCUGCCCCGGCGCUGGCCCCGACCGGCCCUGAGCGCGGACAACCCCUGGCGGACGCUGUGGCCGAGCUGCCGGUGCUGGACGCCUCCGGGAACCCGGUGCCUUUCGGCGCGCUGUUCCGGGAGCGACGCGCGGUCGUGGUCUUCGUGCGGCAUUUCCUGUGUUACGUCUGCAAGGAGUAUGUCGAAGAUCUGGCCAAAAUUCCCAAGAGUUUUUUGCAAGAAGCAAACGUCACUCUUAUAGUGAUUGGACAGUCAUCUUACCAUCAUAUUGAGCCUUUCUGCAAACUGACUGGUUAUUCUCAUGAAAUCUAUGUUGAUCCUAAGAGAGAAAUUUAUAAAACAUUGGGACUGAAAAGAGGUGAAGAAACUGCCUUCUCAGGAACCAAUUGGGAAGUUGUAUGAACCAAGGAGCAGGUUGCGGCCAGUUCAUGUGAAAUCCAGGAUGACUCACCAGAGUUCGGAUUUGCAGUAUCCUGAGGGCAGUGGGAAAGUCACGCAAGUUUUGAAGCAGAGAAGUGAGACGUCUGCGUGGAAGCUGGAAGUGCCGACUCAGAGCCAACGAUGCUGGCAGUGCGGUUGUGGUAACUGACUAGAAAGAAACCGCAGGCCCUAAGUGGGGAUGGAGCAGCAGGGACGAUCUGAGAACAAUUUAUGCCAUGAUCCCUUGGCUGGUGUUCUUAGAGAAAGCAAGCUAACCUUUAUUAAAAUUAAUGAUGGGGCCACACAGUGCUGCAGCAGUAUUGCAACCCCCUGGGGUGCCAGAUCUACGUGAGGUCACAUGUUUGUGUUCCAGGCCUCCCUGUACAAGCUGAGCACACAAAUGUGCACUUGUGUUCUGGGUUGGCUGAGGAUGGGGUUCUCCCUCUCUUUCUCUCACUCUUUAAAUAAACUUAAAAGAAAUAAAAAACAGA